CUUCUUGAAAGGUCUAGGGGGCGCCCCUGAGGGAGAGCGGUUGCCUGGCAACGGGGCGGUGGCCCGGCGGGUACCCGGCCUAGCGCGCGGGAGAAGCCACCAGGCCGCAGCCCACCCGCCCCGGGCUCCGGAGAGGUGCAGCCCCCGGCCCCCAAGGCCUCCCGGGGCGCCAGGAAGCCACCUUGGGCCUGUCCUCAGGAAAACGUGGUCUCAGCUGGGCGGGGGGUCGGGGGGAGACGUUCGAGCAGGCCUCAGGCCCUCUCCCUGACCUGAGGAGAGGCCCGGAGCCUCACCCUCACCCCCUCUUUGUGCAGGGCGCCGGCGGCCAUUGUGUCCGUGCGGGGAAUGGAGGACCCGGCAAUCCCCCACCACCGCCGCUACAUCCAGGGCCUUUGGGGAAUUCAAAGAAAAUCGGCGGUGUUUCUGGGGGGUCCCCGGCCGUCAGCCUCCCGGAAAGGCCCGGGGAUGGCCUUUCCGAAGUCAGACCGCAGAUCCGAGGCAGUUUCCCCCUCCUUCUGUCCCUUCUCGAAACCUUGAACCCCAUUGAGAAGUACCUUCAGGGUUUUGGAAGCCUUACCCCGGGCUGGUACUUAAAUAGAAACGACAACAACAACAAAAAACCUAAACCCCACACCAGCCACCUCCGGGAGAGUUCUCCUGGCUCCCAGUAGGAGGCGGAGAGCCAAGGGGCGUGCAAGAGCGAGGGGGCUGGGCUCUCGGGUGGCAGGAGGCCGCUGCCGAGUGGCCGCCCUCGAUCCGGGCGAUGGAGGAGGAAGCAAGCGAGGGGGCCGGUUCCUGAGCUUCGUAAUUCCUGUAUCGCCUUCUGGGCUCCCAGCCUGCCGGGUCGCAUGAUCCCUCCGGCCAGAGCUCCUUUUUUUGCCAGCCGCCGUGAGGCCGGCUGAGUUGCCGGCAUCCCGGCUGCCACCUCUUCUCCCGACCUAUGUUACAAAAGAUCUUCCGGGGGUUGCACCUGCCUGCGGUCGCCUGAGACGGAUUUGAAUAACCUUAUCUUGGCUUUGGAUCUCAGAAGAGAACCACCAAGCAGAGUCCAGACUCAGUGAGUGAGCAGGUGUUUUGGACAAUGGACUGGUCGAGCCCAUCCCUAUUAUAAAAAUGUCUCAGAGCAACCGGGAGCUGGUGGUUGACUUUCUCUCCUACAAGCUUUCCCAGAAAGGAUACAGCUGGAGUCAGUUUAGUGAUGUGGAAGAGAACAGAACUGAGGCCCCAGAAGGGACUGAAUCAGAGAUGGAGACCCCCAGUGCCAUCAAUGGCAACCCAUCCUGGCACUUGGCGGACAGCCCUGCGGUGAAUGGAGCCACUGGCCACAGCAGCAGCUUGGAUGCCCGGGAGGUGAUCCCCAUGGCAGCGGUGAAGCAGGCGCUGAGGGAGGCCGGGGAUGAGUUUGAACUGAGGUACCGGCGGGCAUUCAGCGACCUGACAUCCCAGCUUCACAUCACCCCAGGGACAGCAUAUCAGAGCUUUGAGCAGGUAGUGAACGAACUCUUCCGGGAUGGGGUGAACUGGGGUCGCAUUGUGGCCUUUUUCUCCUUCGGUGGGGCACUGUGCGUGGAAAGCGUAGACAAGGAGAUGCAGGUAUUGGUGAGUCGGAUCGCAACUUGGAUGGCCACUUACCUGAACGACCACCUAGAGCCUUGGAUCCAGGAGAACGGCGGCUGGGACACUUUUGUGGAACUCUACGGGAACAAUGCAGCGGCCGAGAGCCGGAAGGGCCAGGAGCGCUUCAACCGCUGGUUCCUGACAGGCAUGACUGUGGCUGGCGUGGUUCUGCUGGGCUCACUCUUCAGUCGGAAAUGACCAGACACUGACCACCCACUUACCCUCCCUGCCCUACCCUGCCCCCACCACAUCCCUUUAUCCAGCAACCAUUGCCACCAGGAGAACCACUACAUGCAGCCUGUGGCCACCUACCCAUCACAGGGUUGGGCCUAGACCUGGUCCCCUGCAAUUAGUUUUCUAGAAAUCUACCAUGCUUCUGUGAAAGCCGCCUUCCCCACACCUCUGUUCUCCUGGCCUCAGAACCCACAGAGUUUCCCCAAAAUCUGCCCCAUGGAAGCUGGCAGGUGUGGGGGGUGUAUGUGGUUGGGGCUGGAGGGCCCUGCCUGUUUGGUGGAACCCCCCAACCCCUUAGCCUCCCUGAGAAUGCUUUCUUGCCAGGGAGCUGGAAAGUUUUCUGACCCUUUUCCCCAGGAGAGACUAGAUUGCCUUCGUUUUGAUGUUUGUGGCCUCAGAAUUGAUCAUUCCCUAUCCCUUCCAGGAUCUAGGUCCCCUUCCUAUCAUCCCCACCUUCCCAAGAGCCACUUAGGGGCCACUUUUGACUAAUUAGGGAUUCAAGCUGCUUGGGAUAAAGAAACAAGGACCAGGACCUCCUCUCCACCUCUGGCCUGGCCAAAGUCCCUGACCCCAAUCCCAGUGUCCUCCAGAGGCCUCUGGCUAGAGGCCAGCCCCACCCAGGGUGGGGGGCUGUAGCUGCAGGAAGCACCCCAUGCCAAAGCUAGGGUGGCCCUUGCAGUUUAGCACCACCCUAGUUCCUUUCCCCUUCCUUUCCCUUGGCUCCCAUGACCAUUACUAAGGGACCAACUGGGCCCGAGGCAGGUGCCCCAGAGCUGUUUAUGGCCUCAGCUGCCUCACUUCCUGCGAGAUCAGCCUGUGGCAUCUUUGCCUUGGGCUACUGCCCACAGAGUUCAGGGGUUUCGGGGCCUCGGCCCAGACGUGAAGGGGAGCUACAGGGAGCAGCUGUGGGAGCCCUAGAGUCUUCCCUACCUCAGGCAGGAAGGGCAGGAAGGAGACCCUGAUGCACGAGGUGUAGGUGGGGGUGGCUGGAAGGGCCAGUCCUACCUGGUCAAACAGGUGUGUGCCCCACCCCCAUUCAGCCUGGGUCACCAGGCUGCCAAGGUCAGAGUGGCCUGGCCAGGAGUCCUUCAGGCCUCCCUCUACUCCACCCAUGGCCUGUCUCAUCCCCAGGGGUCCCGGCCUACCCCUAGCCAUCCCGGGCUCUCUGCUGUACAUAUUCGAGACUAGUUUUUAUUCCUUGUGAAGAUGAUAUACUAUUUUUGUUAAGCGUGUCUGUAUUUAUGUGUGAGGAGCUGCUGGCUUGCUGUGCGUGUGCACGUGGAGAGCUGGUGCCCGGAGACUGAACGGCCUGAUGCUCCCUCCCCUGCCCUGGUCUGGGGAAGCCAGCUGGGGGUCCUGGCUCCUUAGGGGCAACUGUCCCCCCCCCCCCCCACUCAGCCCCCACCCCACACUUGUUCCAGCUCUUUGAAAUAGUCUGUGUGAAGGUGAAAGUGCAGUUCAGUAAUAAACUGUGUUGACUCAGUGA